UGCCUUCUAGUGGGUUCCAUGCGGCGGGAGGGCUGAGGCGCGUGCGCACUGACCCCCUGUCCCGUCCCGUCCCGUCCCGUCCCGCUCGGUGCCGCCAUGUCUCGGUACGCCCGUCCGCCCAAUAGUUCCCUCUUCGUUAGGAAUGUGGGCGACUGCACCAGGCCUGAGGAUUUACGUCGUGAAUUUGGUCGCUAUGGCCCAAUAGUAGAUGUUUACGUUCCCCUUGACUUCUACACUCGACGUCCAAGAGGAUUUGCAUAUAUACAGUUUGAAGAUGUUCGUGAUGCAGAAGAUGCACUCCACAACCUGGACAGAAAGUGGGUGUGUGGCCGGCAAAUUGAGAUCCAGUUUGCCCAAGGUGAUCGAAAAACACCUGGUCAGAUGAAGUCAAAGGAACGAAGGUCCUCGCGAAGCUCACCUCGCUAUGAUCGUUACGAUGACUAUGAUCGGAGGAGGCGGUCCAGAAGUCGCAGCUAUGACCGGAGGAGGUCACGAAGUCGUUCAUAUGAUCGCAGUCACAGGAGGUCUGACAGCCCGAAAAACUCACGGAGCAGAUCCAGUGGAAAGCGCAGACGCAGCCGCAGUAACUCCUUCAAUGACAGGCAUAGACGUCGGCACCGUUCUUACACCAGAUCAAGAUCCAGGUCGAGGUCAAGAUCUAGAUCACGAUCCAGGUCUAAAUCAGUAUCAAGAUCAAAAUCAGCAUCCAGAAAGGAAUCGAAGACACGAUCACAAUCAAGAUCAUGUACCCACUCGAGAUCGGGGUCUAGGUCUAAAUCCAGGUCGAUGAGUGCCCACAAGUCUGACAGUCACCAUGAAGACUGAAACAGUGGAAUGGCAUCCAUUUUCAGCUUCCAUUUGUGCUUCUUUUUUUUUAUUUUAUUUUUUUCUGGGGGGGGGGGGGGGGGGGGGGGGGGGGGGGGGGGGGGGGGGGGGGGGGGGGGGGGUCUUGUAGAUGUUAAGAGAAGGUGGGUACUGUUUUAUGACUACAAGAAAAUCUAGUGUGAAAGACUAAUUUGUUGAAGGUGCUUGAAAGAUUUCAGCCACGAUUUUAAACCGAAUGGUGCAGUAACUACAACUAGUUAAUUAAAGUCCCGUUAACAUUGGUAUUAUUCAUUAGUUCAUUGAAACUCUUUCACAAUUUUGCUUUUAGGCAAUUUUAGAGUUUGAUCAAUGACUAUGCUGUGUUGUUUUUUUUUAAAUAAAGCAGUGCCCUCUAAACUGUGCAACGAAACAUACUAAAUUGUUUUUGCAGUUAAUAUUCAAUUGGAUUAAUAAAACUGCUGGUACAAAUCAAACUGUGUGAAUUAGAAAUUUGUAAAGGCUGUUAACAAGUCACGAACAGUGCUGUAUUCAUUAACAUAAUGAGAAUUUUAUUAUAUCUUUCAAUUUGUUGCCUGAAGUUCAAUUUCAGGAAUCACUUUGCUUGACUGAUCACUUUAAGCACAAUCAGAAAGUUGCAGCAAUUUGCUGUCCAGACUCUUGUUCCGUUUGUGUGCAUUGAUGCAAUGCAGUGAUCGGGCAUGCUUCCUGUAAUAUUGAUUUGUGUAUUUUGCAUGACUGCUUUUUGUUUCAUUCUUGGCUGUAAAGAUAAUUUGCUAACAUUGUUGCAGAAACUACAUUUAUUUGAAUGUAAGAAAACUACAGAAACUGGAGAAUUUAGGCUUACUGAACAGCUGAGAAAGUGAUCAAAAAACUUAUUUUCUUUCAUGUAGAAGCUUGUAAAAAAAGGGAUUUUUAUACUGUCUUUUUAAUAAAAGCCGUUUGUAACAGUUCAUCUAUAGUAUAAAUGUUUUCAGUUAAGCUUUAAAAUACCAAGUUGUGUAGCUUUUUGCAUGGAUAGAAAGAUGUGACAUUUUAAAUGGUAUUGAUCUUUCAGGGCGUGUUGCUUUGAAGUACAAGUAACAGUCGUAUAAUCUAAAGAAUUUGCAUUUGGGGCCCGAGAAGUCACAUUUACCCAUUCACAUUGGGAGAAACGAAACUGGGUGAAAAUUGGCGCAAGUGGCCUGAUCAGCUGCCGUAACUUGCAGAUGUAUCAAAUUGAGGCUCUACAACUACAAGUUGCUGGUUAUCCUUUUAAUUUGUGCCAUUUUAGGGAUCUGGCCAGGAUAUAUACAGACUGCCUUGCCUUUUGAGGCCUGGUUUGAUUCCUGUCUUGACAACCAGAUUUUUGUGCUUGUGAAGGCCACAAAUACAGACUAUGCUUUUCAUUACUUUUUUAGAGUUUGGUUUAAGAUAUGCAGUACAAAAACUCUCCUUGUAAACUUAGCACAGGUUCAGAAUUGAAGCUAACGACAUCUUGAGUUUUGGGGACAACUUGUGUAAGUCGUACUCAUUCUUUUUGUUCAUAGCUGACUGUAACUUCAUUUGUAAAUAAACCUCUGCUGUAUAAUAAAGCA